AUGGUCUAUGAUUGGGAUGCCCACGAAAAGCUAUGUUUUCAGCUGUACAUCAACGAGAAGAAGUCCCUCGAGGACAUCAUGGAUUACUUGAAAAUCCACCAUAACUUUUCUCCCUGCAAACGAGCUUUUCAGACCCAGUUCCGCAAAUGGGACUUCCCCUCGAAGCAGAACCCCGCCUACAAGAACGACCGGUUGGUUGCACGUAUCAAGGAGCUAUGGGAACGGAAUCUUCCUCAAAAAGAGAUGCUCCGCGUCUUGAAGGAGGACGGGUUUGAUAUCAAGAAGCGCGAGCUGAUCCGCGUAAGGACGAAAAAUCGAUGGCUUCUGAAAGCUGCGAACGGCGAGCGGGCCAAGGAAACUCUUGGUUCUGGGCUCCGGCCGGCUCUAGCAUCGGACAGCAUGUUCGAGGGGCAGAGUGACAACCAGCGAUUGCCCGGCGACACAGGGGACAUGACUCCGGAUACAUUGACAGAUCAUGACACACUCGGGACUCUGCCUGACGAGCUCACCACUGCUUGGAAUGAAGACAACAGUCGGAGAAAGCGGCGGCGAUUGAAGGCCUGGGGAAGUGCCUCUCAAGAUGCGCCGGUUGCCCCGCGAUUUCCAUCCGAGACCACGCUUGACGAGGCCAAGACGAUAAUUGGCUUGACGAAUGACGUCUAUCGACAGGUUCGAUCUACUUUUGCACAGCUCUGCGAGGAGUCGGACAUCGUCAAGAAGAGCGUUGCCGGCCCCGACAGAUGGGAAGCCGUAAAGGACAGGCUGAUUAGGGAGAUGUCGCAGCUGCAAGACGUCAUGUGGCAGUCCACAGAAAACCAAGAGUCCAAGAAGUUGGCGCUCGAUGUUAUAUGCACCGAUGUGACGAAGCGGACACGGACACUAGACAAACGCAUCACUCUUGCAGAGGCCAAGAAUAUACUUGGAAUCAACCCCGAGGAAGCUAGAGAUCUACGUGCUGUCUUUGAUCAGAUUCUGAGAGACGGCUGUUUUGGCUCCAAGUCUGAAGCCGGGCCAGCCCAGUGGAACGACCUCAAAAAGAGAUGGGAGGACGAAUCAGACCUCAUCCAACGUAUUAUUGCCCUCGGGCCUACAGAUCCCUGCUACGCCGACAAACUGCGCGCUCUAGACAUUCUCGCUCGGGAUGUCAUGAAGAGAUUGCGGGAUGACACAACGAGGAAGGAUAAGCCAAAGAAAGAGUCUCCUGGGAAGGCGGAGCAACCGAAAGCUGUUGGAGCCCAGCAAGAGCGGAAUCCCGGGCUUUCGCAAUCGAGGCAGCAGGACGUGGUUGAUCAUGUUCGAGCUGACUCCGAUUUGGUCAACCAGUAUGGAAACUCUGGUCAGGUCUCUUCUAUGGGUCUAGUUCCCAGUUCUGGGGACAGCCAGCCCCAGAUGCUGAUGCCUGUGUCUUUGCAAGCCCAGACCGCCGACCCCCUCGGUCAUUCCGCUGCCCGCAUACUAUCUAAUGCACUCCUUGGUCAGUCGAGUAUGGCGCUGGAGUCGCAUUUGGGGUCUUCACUCCUACUCGCUGCCAACGCGCAAGCUGCUUUUGUAGACCAGCAAUAUGCACAGCAGUUCACUGCCGCGCAGCCCAUCUUCCACGCGCCGGUACCCACAAGUGUGGCCGUCUACUUACGACUGCACCCCUCGUCCACAUUCGUCGUUAAUGCUAAUCUUUGGAUCGCGACAUUGAACUCGCACUCGGUGCAGGUGCUACGACAUGUGGCGGCCAGCAAGUUUCCUGGUGCCGUCUGUCUGAGAGUUGAGGGGGUUCUGAAGGACGGUAAAGGCGGGGAGAUGCCUCUGCAGAUUGACCAAGAUCCAGAGCUGGCUGCGUACUUGGCACAUCUGCAGGGCGCGACUCCGACUUUCAAUGUGCAGCUCGUCCCCGGCUGGAAGAGUGGUUAA